CCACCGCCGCACCCGGCGCUCCUCUGAGCGCAUCCCGGCAGCACAGCACACGCCCUGGCCUCAUCGAGCAGGCCAUGCGGCGUCCUCGCCUGGCGUCCGAUGCAGGUUCGCCGCUGGCGCUGCGGCGCUAGGCGCGGUGCGGCACCUGCCCGCUGAGAUGCCCGCUCGCUCACGCUUUAACCGUCGCCUUCGCUGGCGCAUCGCUCCCUGCCUCCCACCACCAUCAUCCCUAGCCCGUCUGCGUCACUGCCGGCCCGCUCCGCCCUUCUCCCGUUCCCGUUUCUCCUUCCCUCGGCCCGGUGCCACCCUUGAGCUCGCUCCUUCCUUGACGGAAGCCGUCGUCUCUCGCGUCCUUCUUUUGCCCUAUCCUUACUCACCGCCGGCCGGUCGAUCCACACACUCUCUUAUCCACCUUCUCUUCGUCUCCUCCACGCGCCCAGCAUGCGCUUCGUUCCGCGCGACCUCGACUUUACGUCGCUCGCCUCGUCGCUCUCGCUCGUCGUCGCCAACUACAAGCCCAUCCCGCAGCUGCCGAGCGUGUCGAGCGCCAUCAGCGCCGGCGGCGCGCACUCGUUCCAGGUGCAGGCGCCCGGUGCGGCCAACAACCACUCGGACGUGGCCGACUGGGGCAUCCCCUCGGUGCUCUACGUGCCCAAGACGGGCGAGCGCGUGCUUGCCAGCACGCAGAAGAUCGGCCCGGGCAACUGCCCCGUGCAGCAGCCCUACACGCCCAACGGCGGCGCAUCGGCGCUGCCCGACCCCGUCUUCCCGGCCUUUGACCCCGUCAAGGCCAACGUGAUGCGCUACCGCCAGCAGCAGGGCGUGAACCUCGGCGCCUGGUUCAUGCUCGAGGGCUGGAUGCAGUCCAACUUCUUCUCGUGCGCCACGGGCAACCGCCAGGCCGAGUACGACGUGCUCGACGGCUUCGGCCAGAGCGCCGCGGGCGUGCAGAGCGCCAAGGCGUACAUGGAGAAGCACUGGGACACGUGGAUCACGGAGGAUGACUUCAAGCGCAUGGCCGCGCAGGGCAUCAACACCGUGCGCCUGCCCAUCGGCUACUUCUCCGUCGGCCCAUGGUUUACGCGCAACUCGCCGUUUGCGGCGUACGCGCCCGUGUACGAGAACACGUGGCGCUACAUCGCCCGCUCGAUCAACUGGGCGGCCAAGUACGACAUCGGCGUCAUCGUCGACCUGCACGGCGCCUACGGCUCGCAGAACGGACAGCUGCACUCGGGCCUCUCCGACGGCAACAUUGAGUUCUACAACGACUACAACAUGGGCCUCACGACGGACCUGCUCGUCUGGCUGGCGGCAGAGAUCUCGGACGUGACCAACGUCGUCGGCAUCCAGCUGCUCAACGAGCCGCAGGACCGCACGAGCCUGUGGCCGUGGUACACCAAGACGAUGAACGCCAUGCGCAAGGCCUCGGCCGCCGCCGCAACGGUGCCGCUGUACUUCCACGACGCCUUCAACCUGAACAAGGGCGCGGCCUUCGUCGCCAAGCGCCAGGACUUCAUCGUGCAGGACCACCACGCCUACUACGUCUACACGCCCGCCGACACGUCGCUCUCCGCCAAGGGCCACACCAAGGCGAUCAGCGGCGCCAUCAACGCCAACAUGAACGCCCAGUCCAAGAUCGCACGCCGCAACCUCAUCAUCGGCGAGUGGUCGUGCGCGCUGAACCCCAACUCGCUCAGCAAGAGCACGGACCGCGACGGCGACCAGAAGCGCUUCUGCCAGGCCCAGGCCGACGUCUACUCGACGGCCACCGCCGGCUGGACGUUCUGGUCGUGGAAGCUCGAGGGCUGCAGCAACAACGGCGGCUGGUGCUUCCAGCAGGCGGCCAAGCAGUACCUGCCCAGCACGUACGACUCGUGGGGCCUGCAGACGAUCACCUCGGCGCUGCUCAAGGCCGCCAGCGGCACUGACGCUGCGGCCAAGAAGAAGGUCACCACGCUCCUCGCCACCAUCGCCGCCAUCCCGCUGCCGUCGGCCGCGUCGCUGAACCUCAAGGCGCUCGUCAACUCCGACGACGACAGCAAGUCGGGCGUGCUGAGCAUCGACGAGUCGGGCUCUGACGACGACGACGUCGCCACGUCCACCGAGCUGCCGCGCAUCGGCAAGGUCGUCUCGACUGCGGCGCCGGAGACGUCCACCGUCAAUGUCGAAUCGGCCACCAAGGAGGGCGCGCGCGUGGGCAUGGUCGUCAAGAGCCGCUCCGGCUCGCUGGCCGCCCGUGCCGCCGCCAUCGUCAAGUCCGAGCUGGCGCAGCUCUCGCGCCGCCAGGCGACGUCGCGCUCGGCGCUCGCCUCGCGCGCCGGCUACUCGGACGGCUUCAAGACGGCGCGCUACUUUGCCGCCAACGGCGGCCUCUCGCGCCUCGGCUUCGCGCAGCAGUACAUGCAGGACUCGUGGCAGGCGCGCCUCGCCACGGGCAAGGUCGACGCCGAUGACUCGGCCGGCUACCUCUCGCAGUUCAAGGCCGGCCUGCUCGCCGCCGAGACUGCGAUCGUGAAGAGCAUCCAGAGCGCUGCCUAAGCGCCUGGGUGCGUCGAACAAGCGGCGGUGGGG